UGUUUGACUAUCUUCCGAUCUUUAUUACCGUGAUUUCGGAUUUUUUGUCUGAUCUUUAAUUUCUGAAAAAUUAAAUGGGUUUAUUUCAGAUUCCUGGUUUUUAGAACUGGCAUGCACUAAUAGGAUCUUAAAAUUUUGAUGGAUUCUUCUUCUUUUUCUUCUUCUUCUUCUUCUUCUUCUUCUUCGACGUAGACUUUUAGACUGGUGUCUGAAACUUCAAUGGGUUCUUUAUAUGCAACCUGCAGAACUAUGAUCUCACGGUUGCAACGGAGUUUUGUUUCCGGAUUAGUCCAAGGUUGUCUUUUAACAACUUGGAUGAAUUCUCCUGAUUAUGAGUAGUUCAUUAGGAUAAUGAUCUGGGAACUGUACAAUUAGUAGGAUGUUGACAAGUCGAAAUCUCAUACUUUAAUAGGUUAGCCUAAGAAAGAAUGCUAAGAGAGCUAUGGUUUGCACAGCUGAUGAUCUUCUGGGCUGGAAGGAUUUCCCCAAAGGCCUCAGGGUACUUCUCCUUGAUGAAGACAGUGUUUCUGCAGAUGAGAUAAAAUCGAAGCUCGAAGAAAUGGACUAUAUUGUUUCCACAUUCUGCAAGGAGAGUGAAGCUUUGACGGCAAUUGCAAACAAACCAGACAGCUUCCAUGUUGCAAUAGUAGAGGUAAGCGUGGCCAAGAGCCAUGACAGUUUCAGGUUCCUUGAGACUGCUAAAGAUUUGCCAACUGUCAUGACCUCAAGUGUUAAUUGUCUAAACACCAUGAUGAAAUGCAUUGCUCUUGGUGCAGCAGAGUUCCUUCAGAAACCAUUAUCUGAAGAUAAAUUAAGGAACAUAUGGCAGCACGUGGUCCACAGAGCCUUCAAUGCAGGGGGAAGUGGCAUCUCCAAAUCAUUGAAGCCUGUCAGAGAAACUGUAGUUUCGAUGCUUCAACUCCAAGUGGAGACCAGCAAAUCAGAGAAGGAAAUCCUGUUAGAAAAAGAGAAUGAAGUACAGGACCUCAAACAUGAUAAUGAGCAAACAGAAGCCAGAGAUAGGUUCUCAGCACCCUCAACCCCACAGUUGAAACAAGGGGGAAGAUUGUUAGGUGAUGGGUAUUGCCAAGACAACUCUAGCUCUUUACUCGAGAAAGUGAUUGGCGACCAAGAGGGGGAAUCAAAAUCUGUCGAUACUACUUGCAACAACUCAGUUGCAGAAAUUACUCUCAAGGUAAACCAAUCACCAAAACCUGAAGAGGGUGGAUUCGAGGAGGAUGACUCAACUGAUGAUUCAAAAACUGGAAGCAACAUAUCUUCUCAUCCACGGGACAAGAGCAGUGUAGCAGAUUCUAGCAUAAAUACUGACAACCCAAAUAAGGCAUCUCUUCUUCCUAAUUCAUGUGGGAACAAAGCUAGUAAGAAGAAGAUGAAGGUUGACUGGACACCAGAACUGCACAAACGGUUUGUACAGGCUGUUGAGCAACUAGGCAUCAACCAGGCAAUCCCUUCUCGAAUUCUAGAGUUAAUGAAAGUAGAGGGUUUGACAAGACACAAUGUGGCAAGCCACCUCCAGAAAUAUCGAAUGCAUCGAAGGCACAUUGCACCAAAGGAAGAUGAUUGGAGAUGGCAACAUCCACGAGACACUGUCCAAAGGGUUUAUCCUCAUAAGCCUGUCAUGGCUUUCCCUCCUUACCAUUCUAAUCAUGGUUUUUCAGCCAGUCAAUACUAUCCUGUAUGGGGCCAUCCUGGCACUAACCCCCCCAAUGUCCCAAUGUGGGGUCACCCCAGCUACAACAUGUGGCAGUCUCCAGAAGGUUGGCCAUGCAAGAAUUAUCCAGGGAUGCAGGCUGAUGCAUGGGGCUGCCCUGUGAUGCCAACACCUCAAGGUCCUUGUGCUACCUUCCCUCAAGAUGCUUCUAGAUUCCACAGUAGUUUUGAGGGGAUUGGAGACAGAAGCAGCCUACCAAGGAAUUUCAUUGAUCUUCACCCGAGUGCAGUACAGGGAAUUACGAAAUCACAUCAUUCAUUCUCUCACCAGCCAAAAAGUGCCCUAAAUGGCAUUGAAUUUCAUGCAGGCAGAGGAGGUAAUAGACAAAGUUGUGAAGGAAGCAAUAAGCAAGCCAUGGCUGCCCUUGCCCCUAGGCCUCAAGCCUCCGUCAACUGACAUUGUUAUCUCGGAGCUCCACAGACAAGGCAUCUCCACCAUCCCUCCUUACAAAAACGCCAACAACUCUUGCUGAGUGCUUCUACUCCCUACUCCCCACGUUAACCACAAGGACUGAAGGACACAGCAGAUGGAUGACAAGUCUCUCGUCAGUCUCUGAACUCUGAUCGACUGAUCCUAUCCAUCGCGCCUGACAGGUGUACGUGCAUGAAGGGUUUCUACGGCCUUAAAUGGGCCACGUGUGUGGUUGGCAAUGUAGAAGAAAGUUGUGGCUGUAAGUGGAGCAUGUUUCAAUGAUGAGUAGGAGGAUGUGUGGGGGCGUUGAAUGAAUCAUGAAUGUUGAACGUUGUGCCUUCGGAGUUUUCAGUGUCUUGCCGGGUGGGGUGGGGCCUGCUUAUGCAAUUGUGCGAUCAAACGGAUGGAUCUGCGUAGAUGCUGGAUGUUGCUGUCGCUCUGACUGUACGAUUGGGAUACAUGUGUUAUCUGGGAUGGGCCCACCAGUACCAUGAUGUGGACGAGACCGGUAGAGGCAGUUUUGAGUUUGCUGCUUCUGCUGCUAUUAUAGCAGCCUAGCUGGCUGUACCCAUGUGUAAAAAAACGAGUUAAAAAUAAAAGAAGUUACUACCGAUUUUGGAAUAAUAGCCAUUAAUGUAGG